UGGAAGGCAGGGAGAGCAGCGGAGGAGCCAGCAGCAGGGUUUUGACCACCAAUUGCACCAGUCAUGAGACAAUAAGUUUCCAGAAAUAGAGGAUUUUAUAAUUGAUCACCUGGACUCUCAGCCGCACUGUUGGCUUAUCAGGGGAGUUUAUUGGGGGGCAGGCGGGAGUGAGAGGAGGGCGGAGGGUUUCGGUACGAGGAAGAUGAGGAAGAUGCGGACCUUCCUUCGCUUUGUGCAUUGCUACUGCUGCUGCUUCUUACUCGUCCUGCCUCCGCCGCUCUGGGUCAGCCUCGCAGCGGCUAAGCAGCUCCUGAAGUACCGGCUGGCCGAGGAGGGACCCGCCGACAUCCGCAUCGGCAACGUGGCUUCCGACUUGGGGAUCGUGACAGGCUCCGGAGAGGUGACAUUCAGCCUGGAGUCGGGCUCCGACUAUCUCAAGAUCGAUAACAUGACCGGGGAGCUGAGCACCACAGAGCGGCGCAUCGACCGCGAAAAGCUGCCGCAGUGCCAGAUGAUCUUCGACGAGAACGAGUGCUUCUUGGACUUCGAGGUGUCGGUCAUCGGCCCCUCGCAGAGCUGGGUGGACCUCUUCGAGGGCCGGGUCAUCAUCCUGGACAUCAACGACAACACCCCCACCUUCCCUUCCCCCGUCCUCACGCUCACCGUGGAGGAGAACCGGCCCGUGGGGACCCUCUACCUGCUCCCCACCGCCACCGACAGGGACUUCGGCCGCAACGGCAUCGAGCGCUACGAGCUGCUGCAGGAGCCCGGCGGGGACGGCGGCCGGCGCGGCGGCGGGGGCGGCUCGGCCGCGGCGGCCCCGGAGAGCGCCCCCUUCCCCGGCGGCAGCAAGCGGCGGCAGGAGGCGGAGGCGGCGGCCCGCAGCAGCGUCUUCGAGCUGCAGGUGGCCGACACCCUGGACGGGGAGAAGCAGCCGCAGCUGAUCGUCAAGGGGGCGCUGGACCGGGAGCAGCGGGACUCCUACGAGCUCAGCCUCCGCGUGCGGGACGGCGGCGACCCUGCACGGUCCUCGCAGGCCAUCCUGAGGGUGCUGAUCACCGACGUGAACGACAACAGCCCCCGCUUCGAGAAGAGCGUCUAUGAGGCGGACCUGGCGGAGAACAGCAGCCCGGGGACCCCGAUCCUCCAGCUGCGAGCCACCGACCUGGACGUGGGAGUGAAUGGACAGAUCGAGUACGUCUUCGGGGCGGCCACUGAGUCCGUCAGGCGCCUACUGCGGCUGGACGAGAACUCGGGCUGGCUCAGCGUCUUGCACCGCAUCGACCGGGAAGAGGUGAACCAGCUUCGCUUCACUGUCAUGGCCCGAGACCGGGGCCAGCCCCCCAAGACAGACAAGGCCACUGUCGUGCUGAACAUCCGGGAUGAAAAUGACAACGUGCCCACUAUCGACAUCCGGAAAAUCGGGCGCAUCCCGCUCCGGGACGGGGUGGCAAGUGUGGCCGAGGAUGUGCUGGUGGAUACCCCCAUUGCCUUGGUGCAGGUGUCAGACCGGGACCAAGGUGAAAAUGGUGUGGUGACUUGCACCGUGGUGGGCGAUGUGCCCUUCCAGCUCAAACCAGCCAGUGAGGGCGAAGGGGAGCCACAGAAUAAGCGCAAGUAUUUCCUCCACACCUCGGCCCCUCUGGAUUAUGAAGCUGUGCGUGACUACAACGUGGUGAUUGUGGCUGUGGACUCAGGCAGCCCCAGCUUGUCCAGCAACAACUCCUUGCUGGUGCGGGUUGGGGACACUAAUGAUAACCCUCCCAUGUUCAGCCAGGCUGUGCUGGAGGUCUCCUUUCCAGAGAACAACUUGCCUGGUGAGAGGGUGGCCACAGUGGUUGCCACAGAUGCAGACAGUGGCAAGAAUGCUGAGAUCACCUAUUCCUUGGAGGCCUCACCCCUCUCCUCAGAGGCACCAGGCAGCAUCUUCAGCAUUGACCCUGACUCUGGGGAUGUGUCAGUGCAGGCAGUGCUGGACCGUGAGCAACGGGACACCUAUGAAUUUCAGGUGACGGCCCGGGACAAGGGGGUGCCAUCGCUGCAGGGCUCUACCACAGUGGUGGUGCGAGUGUCAGACCGCAAUGACAAUGAGCCGCGCUUCAUGCAGGAUGUGUUCACCUUCUAUGUGAAAGAAAACCUGCAGCCCAACAGCCCCGUGGGCAUGGUGACUGUGAUGGACUUUGACAAGGGCCGCAACGCUGAGCUCAGCCUCUCCAUUCAGCCUGGAGACCAUGAACAGGCAGCCGGCAUCUUCUCCAUCGAGAAUGACACUGGAACCAUUUUCUCCACUGUCUCUUUUGACCGUGAGCAGCAGACCAGCUACACCUUUAAGGUGAAGGCAGUGGACGGGGGUGAGCCACCACGGUCUGCCACAGCCACCGUGUCUCUCUUUGUAAUGGAUGAGAACGACAAUGCACCCACUGUCACCUUCCCCAGCAACAGCUCCUACACUGUGCUGCCACCCUCCAGCAACAUGCGCACCGUGGUGGCCACAGUGGUCGCCACUGAUGCUGACACCGGUCUCAACGCUGACCUCAAUUACAGCAUUGUUGGGGGCAACCCAUUCAAACUCUUUGAAAUAGACCCGGCCAGUGGUGUGGUGUCACUGGUGGGCAAGUUGGCCCCCAAGCACUAUGGCCUGCACCGCCUGGUUGUGCAGGUGAAUGACAGUGGGCAGCCACCCCAGUCCACCACUGCCCUGCUCCAUGUCUUUGUCAAUGAGAGCCUGUCCAAUGCCACUGUGGUGGAGAGCCAGGUGGCCCGCAGCCUUCACACCCCACUGGCCCAGGACAUUGCUGGUGAUCCCAGCUAUGAGCUGAGCAAGCAGCGGCUUAGCAUAGUCAUUGGUGUGGUGGCUGGCAUCAUGACCGUCAUCCUUCUUAUCCUCGUGGUGGUCAUGGCCCGCUACUGCCGAUCCAAGGGCAAGCAUGGCUACGAGGCCGGCAAGAAGGACCAUGAGGAUUUCUUCACCCCCCAGCAGCACGACAAGGCCAAGAAGCCCAAGAAGGACAAGAAAGGCAAGAAGGGCAAGCAGCCCCUCUACAGCAGCAUUGUUACUGUUGAGGCUUCCAAGCCCAAUGGGCAGCGCUAUGACAGUGUGAACGAGAAGCUCUCGGACAGCCCUGGCAUGGGCCGAUAUCGCUCAGUCAAUGGUGGCCCAGGCAGCCCUGACCUGGCCAGGCACUACAAGUCGAGCUCACCGCUGCCCACUGUCCAGCUGCACCCACAGUCCCCCACUGCUGGCAAAAAGCACCAGGCCGUGCAGGACCUGCCCCCAGCAAACACCUUCGUGGGCGCUGGUGACAACAUCUCCAUCGGCUCGGACCAUUGCUCCGAGUACAGCUGCCAGGCCAGCAGCAAGUACAGCAAGCAGGUGGAUACAGUGCAGACUACGCAGCACCCUGGCCACAUUGAGGAAUCAUGUAAAAUGAAUCCGUUUCGUAGAGUGACGUUUUCUGUUGUGAGUCAGCCUCAGGACCCGCAUCAAGGGUCAUUGCAGAGUUGCUAUGACAGCGGUCUGGAGGAGUCAGAAACACCAAGCAGUAAGAGUUCAUCAGGGCCAAGACUGGGUGCCCUUCCACUCCCAGAGGACAACUACGAAAGGACUACGCCGGAUGGCAGUGUUGGUGAGGCAGAGCAUAUGGAAAAUGAUUCACGGCCUCUACCAGAUGUAGCCCUAACAGGGAAGUGCACCCGAGAAUGUGAUGAAUAUGGCCACUCAGACUCCUGCUGGAUGCCAGUCCGCACUUCUCCGGAGAGAAAGCAGAAGAGCCAGCCAAAACUCUCCACUUUCAUGCCUGUUGAUGAACGGGGCAGUCAGGAAAAGCUGGCCAAUGGAGAAGCCUCCCUCAUGGGUGACCGCAACAGAAACCUCCUUAACAAAAAGUUGACCUCAUCCUAUGAGACCUUCAGCACAGCUAGUUUCAGCAAAAAUGAAGAAGGCAACCCAGAGGAUAUCCCCCUUACACAGACAGGGGAAUACAAGCCAUCUCCUGUCAACACUCUAACUAGAAGAGAAGUUUACCUGUAG